AAGCAUCAGACAACCAGUGACCGUUCUAGGAAGAACAUCUGACCGAAAAACAUAUUUUGCCAACCUAGUGAUUCGUUUAAAAGUCUGCAAACAUGAAGUCAAUGUUGGUCAACGCAGUUUUAGUGCUUUUUCUAAUCGCAGAAUUCAGUGCAGCAGAGAUGGACCACGACAAGAACCGCCGCGGUGCCAACAUGGGUCUCUAUGCCUUCCCGCGCGUUGGCCGCGGAGAUCCGAGUCUGGCGAACAGUCUGCGCGACGGAUUAGAAGCUGGGGUCCUCGACGGCAUUUACGGAGAUGCCUCCCAGGAGGAUUAUAAUGAGGCCGAUUUCCAGAAGAGGGCCAGUGGUCUGGUGGCCUUCCCACGCGUUGGCCGCGGAGACGCCGAGCUGAGGAAGUGGGCCCAUCUGCUGGCCCUGCAACAGGUGCUCGAUAAGCGCACGGGACCCAGUGCCUCGUCGGGAUUGUGGUUCGGUCCCCGGCUCGGAAAGCGCAGUGUGGACGCCAAGUCCUUCGAGGACACCAACAAGGGACAAAAGGAAUUCAACUAAGCCCACACACUCUCUUAUGAUUGAUGAACUGAUGAUGAAAGGCACCUACUUUUUGACACUCUCAAUGUCGUAAACACCUUUUUGUACAUCAAAGAGAACGCUUCUAAUUGAAUAUUGUAACGGGUAUACAGCAAAUAUGUUUUUCGGUCAAAUAUAUUACGAAUUAAGGGCUGGUGAGAGCUUGUAAUUAA